AUGAAUAAUUACCAAGCAACUUCAGAGACUUGUCCUGUGCCACUGUUUAGUAACUUGCGUUCUGGAAGAACCCUUUUAAAAAAAAUCACAAAAUGAAUUAUUUGUCAAAUUCUCCAUCAUCGUUCCGCAGAUUGACUAUACGGUCAAAAUCAGGUUCACAAUCAGCACCAGUUCGUCGUUCUUUCACUAGAACAGUGACCUACUCUAGCCCAACUACUGCUUCAGGUUGGUUAAACAAGAGUGCUCCAAGCAAAAUGCCUGAAGAAGGUGAUCAAUUAGACUUUUCCCUGCUGGAUGCUAUAAGUGAUGAAUUCAAGGUCACCCGUACUGAUGAGAAAGAAAAGCUGAUUGACCUGAACAACCGCUUUGUCAGCUACAUCGAGAAGGUGAGGUCCAUGGAGCAACAGAAUAAGAUUCUUCAGGCUGAACUGCAGGAACUGAAGGGUAAGGGCAGUUCCAAAAUUGGGUCCGUCUUUGAACAGGAGCUUAAAAAACUACGCCAAGAAGUUGAUCAGAUCUCUAAGGAGAAAGCCAGAAUUGAAGUGGAAAGAGACAAUUUGUUGGAUGAUGUCCACAAACUCAAGGCCAAGUUGAGAAAUGAAAUACAGCAACGUGAGGAUGCUGAAAACACCUUGUCAGAUUUCCGAGAGGAUGUGGACGAAGCAACUCUAGCAUGUGUUGACCUGCAACGUAAAGUUGAUGCAUUGCAGGAUGAAAUUGCCUUCUUAAAGAAACUUCAUGAAGAAGAAAUCCAUGACCUGGAAUCACAAGGGCAAAAUCAACACACCAGGAUUGAGAUGGAUGUGGCUAGGCCUGACCUUUCUUCAGCACUACAAGAAGCUCGUUCUCAAUUCGAUAAACUUGCUGCUAGGAACAUUACUGAAACUGAGGAGUGGUACAAAUCCAAGGUUUCCGGCCUUACUCAAAAUAUUGCUCGCAGCAACGAAGCCCUUCGCCAGGCAAAGCAAGAAGCAAGUGAUUACCGCAGGGAGGCCCAGGCACUCAAGUGCGAAGUUGAAGCUCUUAAGAGCUCAAAAGAUUUUCUUGAGCGCCAGAAGAAUGAAAUGGAGGAUCAGUUUAACAAGGAAACAGCCAAAUUCCAAGAAACAAUCCUUCAACUUGAAGAUGAAAUUCAAAAUAUGACUGAACAGAUGACCCAUCGCUUAUCUGAAUAUCAAGAUCUGCUGAAAGUUAAAAUGGCACUAGAUGCUGAGAUCACAACUUACAGGAAGUUAUUGGAGAGUGAGGAAAACAGGUAUUCGAUAACUGCCCCUCCUAGCCCUUUGCAUCUGCAAGGUGUAGAACUUGAACGAAGCAAACCACCUGAAAUUCAAUCCCCUAAAAGGACACUGUCCAUGAAAACAAUUGAAAUGAAAGAUGGAGAGGUACUCAGUGAGACCUCACAAGAGUUUGAACUGCAGAUAUCAGAUGAACAUACUGAAGCGAAUCAAGAUUAAACUUCAUUAAAUCUCCGAAUCCUGCAAAAUAAGAAUGGCAAUUUUCUCUUGUGAAACAAAACUUUUAACUUUCAUGGCUUUCUGGUUUUAUUUGUCGUGUUACGUAUAAUAGGGCUGCAUUACAUCAUUUAAAAAGAAGUAAACGUUAAACCAAAAUACUACACAACAAAAUAUUAACUCAAACAGGUUUGAAUUUGAAGUCUUUAUUGCUUUACCUUAACUGCUAAUUGUAAACUGCUAUCACUGAUUAAAUAAAAUUGCUCUGUUAAGGGAAAAAUAAAUUAAA